CUGCCGCUGAAGGCUCUUCUGCGUCUCCGCUGACUUUUCACGCACGUUUGACCUCGCCGCUCUGAUGUUUUCGACUUUUGUCUCCAAUCAAACCAGAUCCAUCUAACUUUGGAUUUAUGAUCAUUGAGGAUCGGAAGCUGCGUCGUGUGGCUUUCAUUGAUCAUUUGGUGAUCCAAUUACAAGUGUUUGCUGAUUCUUUCUGGAAGUCUAUUGGCUGGGCGGCCGCGCGCGCUCCGCCUUUCGGUGAAGCCACUGCGCCGCUCCAGCGCGCAGACCGGAGGUUCUCCAGAGACGCCGUCCAACUUUCUGCUCUAGGUUGGAGGAACUUCCCCCCCCCCCCAGAAAACCAGAAACUUCUCCGUGAAAAGCGCCUCCUCCACAUUUCUCCUCCCCUCCCCGAGUUCUCCUUUGCAGCAUGAGGUGCCAAAAUGGCAAGGAGUAGCAAGUCAGCGGCGCGGACCCUGGAGGAUUUGACGCUAGAUUCGGGUUAUGGUGGAGCCGCCGACUCCUUCAGGUCUUCCAGUGCGUCGCUGUGCUGCUCGGAGGCACAUGGCGGGAAUUACUGGCAUUUAACCGACUCCAUGCGCAGUCGGCACAACAGUCUGGACACUGUGAACACGGUCCUGGUGGAGGACGCGGAGAUCCUGGAGUGCAGCGGGCGGUGCGCGAAGCUACCCGAGCUUGAAGAUGUGCCGUGGAGCUUCGGGGAAGUGGCGAGCGCGCUGACCAAGGACGAGGAGAUGAGCCUCCCGCCGCCGACGCAGGACGUCCUGCUCAGGCUGUCGGUGCUGGUCAGCCGGGUCCUGGUUCGGGUCGCCAAGGAGGCGCAGCGUCUGAGUUUGCGCUUCGCCAAAUGCACAAAAUACGAGGUCCAGAGCGCCGUGAAGCUCGUCCUGUCGUGGAGCGUGUCGCUGAGCUGCGUGAGCGCGGCCGUCGGCGCCUUGUCUCUGUACAACAUGAGCACGGAGGAGGACAAGUUCAGCCGCGGCAAGUCGGCGCGCUGCGGACUCACCUUCAACGUGGGGAAGUUCUUCAGGUGGAUGGUGGACAGCAGGGUGGCGGUGAGGAUCCACGAGCACGCGGCCAUCUACCUGGCUGCGUCCACGGAGAGCCUCUUCCGUGAGGUGUACGCGCGGGUGCUGCGCAGUGCGCUACUGGAGCGCGACAACGGCAUCCCCAAGUUCACCGUGGAGACCGUGGAUCAGGCCGUGAACGGCGACGCGGAGAUCUGGGGGUGUAUGCAGCCGUGGCAGCACCUCAUCUGCGGGAAGAACGCAAGCGGUGUGCUCAGCCUGCCGGAGGGCCUGACUCUGCACAGAGAGCAGCAGCGAGCGGCGAAGGGCGGGGAGGGGCCGGCCUUCAGUCAGUCCGAGCUCCGCUCCGUGGAGCAGUGCCUGCUGGCCACCAGGGUGGGCGGAGUCUCCGAACUCAGUGACCUUGUGUCCCGAGCGAUGCACCAUCUUCAGCCACUCUAUAUGAAGAACCACAGCAACGGGACUCCCAUCCACCAAAAGAGCAGUGCCAUUCACUGGGCUCCUGAGGCCAUCUACACCCUCUGCUACUUCAUGCACUGCCCCCACCUGGAGUGGGAAAAUCCCAACGUGGAGCCCUCCAAGGUUACCUUACAGACAGAGAGGCCGUUCCUGGUGCUGCCGCCUCUCAUGGAGUGGGUGCGUGUGGCCGUGGUCCACACUGAGCACAGGCGCAGCUUCUAUGUGGACAGCGAUGAUGUCCGGCAGGCUGCCAGGCUGCUGCUGCCCGGAGUGGACUGUGAGCCUCGCCAGCUUCGAACGGAUGACUGCUUCUGCGCCUCGAGGAAACUGGAUGCUGCCUCUGCUGAGGCGAAGUUCCUGCAGGACCUGGGCUUCCGUAUGCUCAGCUGCGGACGCACGGAUUUAGUCAAGCAGGCCGUCAACCUGCUGGGGCCGGACGGAGUCAACAGCAUGAACGAGCAGGGGAUGACGCCGCUGAUGUACGCCUGCGUCCGUGGAGACGAGGCCAUGGUGCAGAUGCUGCUGGAUGCAGGCGCUGACAUCAACGGCGAGGUGCCAAACACAAUCCACAGGCACCCCUCAGUCUUUCCCGAAACGCGGCAGGCGACAUCCCUCACCUUUGCCGUGUUACAUGGACAUGUACCUGUGGUGCAGCUGCUUCUGGAUGCCAAAGCCAACGUGGAGGGUUCCCUGCAGGACGGGAUGGAGAACUACACGGAGACGCCGCUGCAGCUGGCUGCUGCUGCAGGAAACUUUGAGUUGGUGAGUUUGCUGCUGGAGCGGGGGGGUGACCCCAUGGUGGGAACCAUGUAUCGCAACGGCAUUUCGACGGCGCCUCAGGGGGACAUGAACUCCUACAGCCUGGCUGCGGCCCACGGGCACAGAGACGUCUUUCGUAGACUCCUGUCCCACACAGACAAAGGAAAAGCAGAUGUUUUGUCCCUGGAGGAGAUCCUGGCUGAGGGUUCCGAGCCGGAAGGUGGAAGUCCGUCUCACGCUGAACAGAUCCGAUCCGGAAAAGCCAAACUCAAAGCCCUGAAGGAAGCCAUGUACCACAGCGCUGAGCACGGACACGUGGACAUCACCAUCGACAUACGCAGCCUCGGGGUCCCCUGGACUUUGCACACGUGGCUGGAGUCUCUCCGGACGUGUUUCCAUCAGCACCGCCGACCCCUGAUCCAGGGUCUGCUGAAGGAGUUCAGCUGCAUCGAUGAGGAGGAGUACACGGAGGAGCUGGUCACGCACGGCCUUCCUCUCAUGGCCCAGAUCCUCCGGGCCAGUAAGAAUGAGGUGAUCAGCCAGCAGCUGUGUGUGAUCUUCACCCAGUGUUACGGCCCCUACCCCAUCCCCAAACUGGUGGAGAUCAAGCGGAAGCCAAACUCGCGUCUGGAUCCUCAUUUCCUGAACAACAAAGACAUGUCAGAUGUGACCUUUUUGGUGGAGGGGAAGCCUUUUUAUGCCCACAAAGUCCUGCUCUUUACUGCGUCUAACAGGUUCAAAUCUCUUCUCGCAAACAGACCUUGUGGGGAAAACACGUGCAUCGAAAUAAGUAACGUCAAAUACCACAUUUUCCAGCUUGUGAUGCAAUAUCUGUAUUUUGGUGGGACAGACGCUCUGCACAUCAGGAACUCCGACGUCAUGGAGCUUUUAUCAGCAGCCAAGUUCUUCCAGCUGGAGGCGUUGCAACGACACUGUGAGAUCAUUUGCUCCAAGAACAUCAACACGGAGACUUGUGUCGAGAUCUACAACCACACCAAGUUCCUGGAUGCCCCAGACCUGGCGUCCUACAUCGAGGGCUUCUUCCUGAAGAACAUGGUCAUCCUCAUUGAGCUGGAGCCGUUCAAACAGCUGCUGUACGACACGCCGGCCGACAGCCCGGGCGCCGAUGUCCUGCAGGCCCUGGAGAAAACCCUGGCCAUCCGCAUCCGGUCCAUCCACCUGUCCUCGUCCAAAGGCUCCGUCGUCUGAGGUCGGAGUAACGGCAGUGAUCACCUGCGUCUGAGCGAGAUCGGUUUGGAAUCCCGGACAUCCUGGACACGCGUGUGUUAGCAGUAGCGACAUGCUUCUUGUCAUCUUAGCACAGAUGGUUGCGUUUGUCUGCCUUCUUCAUUUACUUCUAACACGACUGUCCUUCGGUGGCUCUGCACGCCUCAACCUGCCAACACCAGGUAUUACAGUAGCAGAUGAGCAGAGCUGCUGUGAUGAGCCAUCAGAGGAUGAGAGGAGGAGCCGGGGACGCUCUGCUGGAACAGGGAACCUGCGUGUUUGUCAGUCCGACGUGGAUCCGGUUUUUCCUCAGAGCCAAACUACAACAAAUGAACAGCAGGACGUUUACAGGAAGCUUAACAGGAAGAAGAACUUUUCUUUUUUCUUCUCUACUAUGUAAAUUUUGUUUAUAAAAAUAGAGAAAUUGAUCAUGUAAGUUAAUGUAAAUAUAUUCCCAUAUUUUUUUCUCGUGUGUGACUGAACAUUGAUGUAAAAACAGGAAACUCCGCUUGUACAUAUCUGUGUUUAAAUGUUGCAUGUCAAAGAAGUGACCGUCUCCAUUUUUAAAUGAUCGCUUUCCCUCGUUUUGCCGUCAGAGUGGGUCUAACUUCUGCACCACUUAGGCUCAUGUCCAUCCUUUCAGCCUUGAAAUAAAAGCAAAAUGCUUCCAGCUGCUUUCCAGAAGUCCUGGGAUAGUGAGGCUUCUGCUUCUCUAAAGUGUUACAGCAAACAGGAAUUUGCUUCUAGUUGUAUUUGAUGCAGGCAGAGACAUUGACGAUGUGGUGAAAUAAAGAUGGCUUCCCUGCUU